UCCUGGAAGCUUCUGGACUGGUUUCAAUUUCGCGUAUUUUGAUUUCUUUUCCGUCGAAUUUAGUAGAUCUGGUUGAAUGGAUUCGACCCCAUCGGUUUCAUUGGCGGCUUUUGGCUUUUGGAAAAUGUUUGAUUGUUUUUUUUAUCAGAGUGAAAGUGCUUAUUUAUGAAGCCGAAAACUUUCUCUUUUUAUAUGGAUCGUUCGGACUUGUUUCGUUUGAAUUGAAACGCUACGGGCAAUUCGUUUUUUGGGUUUUAGUUAUUACAGCAUAAACAGCACGGAUAAAGGGUCUCUCUUUCUGCUUAUGCUUUUGGGAAAAGUGUUUGUUUUGUGGGAUCUAUUAGGGUUUUAAUUUGGUGUUUAGAUUGUAGCUUGGUUACUUAAUUAUUCUAGAAAAUGAUCUUAGAGUUGGAAAAUUGGUUUGAGUGUAGUUUUCAUAUUAUAUCAAUAUAUAUUUGUUAGUAUUAUUUUGCAAGUUAUAUUGCAUAAUUGCAUCUGUUCACACAAUAUGUAAAACUUCUUCCUUUUUUUCUCACUUGUCGUUUUUCAAUUUGCCGAUCAGCCAUGAUGUGUUCUUUACUUGUCUACAGAUAGUCUAUUUCGUUGACUUAGAGUUUGCUGUUUUAUCUUCGAUUUCCUUUACAUGUGCUAUUGGGUUCUCUUGCUAAUGUAUAUCUUUGAUUUUUGUUAUGGUUGUGUGCAGGAUAUUGAAAUUGGUAGUGUGAUAGCUAGAAGAAGUGGAGAAAUUGCACGGUCGUAUUAGCUAACUAAAUUUGGUUUUUAGAAAAAUAGUGUAGCUGCAUAAUUAUCAUAGUGGUGGUCUUGAAAGUGACUUCAGAACGAAUUCAGGGUCCUGCUAAUUGCUAUUGACUUUGAUUUAUAGACGAGAAGGGGUAAUAUAAGAUUGCAAAAUCUUGGAAUCAUGCCGGUAUCGGGAAAUGAAGAGACUGGGGUUAAACCCGUCACCCGGAAAUCUAGUGAUUAUAGUGCAGGUGUUCCUAUCAAGAAAAGGAGGUUUUUCAUGAGGCCUCCUUCACCUCCUCCUGAAGAACCAAUUUUGUUUCCGAAAGAAGAACCAUCUUCUUUUCCAGCAAAAAUUAAUUCAGUACACGAGGAAUCUCGGGGGUCGACUCCUUCAUAUGUUAGUAUCACCAGUUCUGGACUUUCUGAUGCAAACAAGAUUCCUGAAUCCGAUUAUGGAAAAGGAAACUCUGGCGUUGCAAAUGUUAGUGUGGCUCGAGGAAAUGAUAAUAUCUUUAGAGUCAAACUUGAAGAACCUAGCCUGACGAUUCACUCGAGUUCUUUGGAUGACAUGCAGGGGAAGGGGAAGCUUGUCUUGUCUGAUAAUCCUACACCUGAGUUGACUUUAAGGAAAAGUGAAUUGACUUUAGCACCAAAUGAAGCUCUUGCAUCUAAUGUAGGUACGGAGAUUUUGCAGAGCCAAAGUAAAGUAGAAGUGAAGUGCAAAGAAGAAAUGCCUGCUGUUGCUGAGAGUACUGAAUUAUCAUUAGGUUUAAGAGAACAUCUUGCUCCAGCUUUGACAGGACGGGUUAUUGGUGAUGACAGGAGUUACCGGAAUCAGGGUAACUUGGAGCCUAUGUCACUGGAUUUGUCUUUAAGUAAAGAAAAAACCAGCAGCCAAUGCGACAGUAGUGGGAAAGGUUUGAAUUCCCUUGGUGCUGAUAUGAGUGCAUGUCGAGCAAACUGGGAUUUGAAUACACCAAUGGAUGCAUGGACAGAUACUGUUAGCGAUUCUUCCGUAUUCUUUUAUGGGAGUAAUGCAACUGGUGGGGUGAAUUGCACAACUGGGUUGGUUGGAGCUGGUGUUAACAAAGAAAAACUGUCCAUUGUUCAGACUCAGAACAGAGGUAAUGAGCCCGUCUUAUCCACACUUGCUAACCAGUACAAGCCCAAUGACUCCCUUCUUUUGCGCCUUAGUUCAUCUUGCUCGCAGUUAAACCAGUGCCAAAACCCUUCUAGUUCAUCCAGUAAACUGGAUUUACAUAGGGUGAUAUCUGCUACAAACGUACCUAGAUUGUUUGGGCCAAUUAGAAAUUUGAACUUGGGUAAUCAUAAAACUGUGAAAUCAGAACCAUUUGACGAGGGUGUCAAACUAGAUGUUAAUGUAUCUAAACUGGAUGUUAACGUAUCUAAACCCAGUAACACAGGAUUAGUAGAUAGUAGUAGAGCAGUGAAGUGUGGAGUCGUUGAGCAGGGGAAUCUUGGAGCUGUUAAGUCUUCAAAUACGAGCACCCGACAUUCAGUCGAUGCUAGACCCAUAAAAUCUGAACCAACUCAUGUGGAUCCUCAAGAAACCAUCAAGUCAAUUGAAGGCACCUCAGUUCAACUGGAUAAACAUUUGAUACAAGGUCUGGAUAAUCGUUCUUGUGACAUGACAUUGCCUAUGACUUCAGAGGUGUCUUGCCGUGUUGGAAAGCCUUGUUCAACGGAGUUGACUAUGAGCAGGGAUGUGAUAAAGCAUUCUGGAAACGUUAUUGCAUAUGCGCCUAUGGAAGCUUGUCAAAGCAAAGAUCAGGUUGCUGUAUCUCAGGGUCCUGAUACUAAGGGAAACAAUACGAGAACAGAAGAUGGUAAUGUUGACAGCGAGAGUUGUAAAUUGAAGUUUAUGAAUGAUCAGUCACUUGAUUCACGGGGAAGUGGUGAGGGUUCUGCCAGUGAUGAGGAAAAGAUUAAUAUAUCUGGGGAUAUGCUGGAAGAUUCUUAUGGUUCUGAUUGUGAAUCAGAUGGUGCUCAUGCUUUAGAUACAACCAUGGAUACUGAACAAGAUGGUAAACGUGAUGAUUAUGAAGACGGUGAGGUCCGAGAGUCAGUGGAGCUUACUGCGGUAGAGGAACCUAUAUGUAUGGCAAGAGAAGUGGAACAUGACGAUAAUGAUGAUUUUGAUAAUAAAAGGACAGAGCUUGUGGGACCUAUUAACAAUGUUCAGCCUACAUCAUUCUAUUAUGAGGCAAAAGACAACAAAGACAAUCUUGCUGAAACAAGUAACAAUAAUUAUAAAGAAUCUUUCCAGGUAGUUUGUAAUGAUAAAUCUGAUACGUGCUCUGAUGAAGAUAUGAGUUUGCAUGAAGAACCAUUAGCUGUUGAAAAUCUAACAAUCGGGGCUGGUGUGGAAGGGUCAACAGAACCUGAUGAUCAAGCAGUGAAGAUGGAUGCCCAGAAAUGUCAGGAUGCAGAGUUCUCCGGGCAAGUCAUUAGUGGAAAUCAAGGAACUGUAGUGGAAAGUGGUCAGGGUAAAGAGCUGCACGUAAAUAACACUGACCUGGCACCAAUGGGUGACUCAAAUUUGCCCAAAACAUCCGGUAGUGGUGAUAAUGCUGCUAAGGAUACCAGUUAUGGAGGACAACGGAGCAGGAUAAUAACUUUGCCUCGAUCUUCAACUGUUUCUCCGAGUAAAUCAAUAUCUAUUUCAGGACAGCCUUUGCCGUCAAGAGUUGGAAGAGAAAUAUUAACUGAUGUAGAAAUGGAGGAAGAGAAUAUACAUUCUCGAGGGAGAGGUGAACCAUAUGUUAACAGAAACCCGGGAUUUUCAAGGGAGCGAUACCAAGAUCAAUCACUGAGAUAUCCUAGAUUAGGUUCUGGACGUGGUAGAGGGAGGAUGCAUAGUCGUGGCAAUUGGGGUUCUGAUCGUAACUAUGCUUCGGAGCUUUAUAAUAAUCAAACAAACUAUCGUGUCCCCAGACAUAAAUAUGCACCUAAUGUUUCUGAUGCUGACCUUGAAUAUAACACUUACAAUAUGCCUCCAGAUAGUGCAUUUUAUGGUACAGGUCGUGGAGGAAGGAAGCUUUCAAAUGAUGGACCACUUAACUACCGUAUACCCUCAAGGAGGCGGUCUCCUGUUGGAGUGCACACCAUUUACAUGCCUCGCCGAAAUCCAAGAAAUAUUAGCCCAACCAGAUUCAACGGUGAAGAUGCUCCAAAUUUGGUUGGAAUGAGGCAUAAUGAGAAGUUUAUGAGGGGUUUCCAUGAUGAUAGUGCAGACCCCAUGUUCACUCGUAGCCAACCUUCAUAUGAGGGAGUGCAUGGUCAAUUUGGACGAGGCAAUCGGAACUUUUCUUUUGCACAGAGGAGAGGGAUUCCCAGAGUUAGCUCAAAAUCGCCAAUAAGGUCCAGGACUCGCUCUCCUGGGCCAUGGUCUUCUCCUAGAAGAAGAUCCCCAGAUGGAUUUGGUGGGCCUAGAGAACUGACUCAUCGAAGGUCUCCACCAGUUUACAGGAUGGAGAGGUUUAGAUCCCCUGAUGACCCAUGUUUUCCCGGAGAGAUGGUGGUUAGAAGGAAUCCGUCAAAUGAUUUGAGGAAUAUGGAUCCUGGAAGAGACCACGGCCCUCCAAGGUCUGUUAUUCCCAAUGGGAGUCCUUCAAGCCGGAGUUUAGUCAGAAACAGGAGAUUUGAUGUCAUGGAUCCUCGAGAGAGGCCAAAUAAUGGCAAUUACUUUGGGGGGGCCAUGCAUUCUAGCCGUUUGCAUGAGCUUGGUGGUGAUGGAAGUGGUGAUGAGAGAAGAAGAUUUGCUGAGAGACGUGGACCCGUCCGUUCAUUUAGACCUUAUAAUGGUGUUGGUGGUGAGACAUUUCAUCUUAACGGAGAGGAUGGCCCUAGGCCUUUGAGGUUCUGCCCAGAUGAUAAUACCGAGUUUCAAGAAAGAGGCAAUUUGAGGGAAAGGGACUUUGACAGAAGGAUUAAGAAUCGGCCAGGAAAUGCUCCUAGAAGAAUGAGAGGGAUUGAAGACCAAGAAGCUAAUUGCGGACAUGGUGAACAGCCUUGGCAUGAUGGUGUGUUUGAUGAUACGUCACAAGUGAAGAGAAAAAGAUUUUGAAUUUGCUUCUGUCAUGACCUUGAAUUCGGGAUUGGUUGUUCAUGUCCGGCACACAGAAUUAGUCACUUUUCUGGGACAUUCUGUUGACUCAAAGCAUUAAAAAAAGUGCCAUUCUGUUUGCAUAGGAUGUUCUGUGGGCCUUCUCCAGUUCCAAGCUUUGCUUAUGAUUCUGUGGUUUCAGGACUGGAUGCAAAUACAGCCUUGCUUAAUUGUCUCCCAUGUAAAUAGUUUGCAUCUGGUACUGGUACUAUGGUGGUUACUGGUUAGUUCUUCUCGAUGCUCAUAUUACAGUAAUUAUGGGUUUUACAUGUAGUGCCUAAAUUUCAUUAGCAAUAUGUGUACUUGCCAUAGGUCUUGGUUGCACAUCACAUCUCGUAAGGUCAUUAUCGUGGAGUUAGCCAUUUAAAUGCUUAUGCGAAGAUUCUCCCUAGUUUCUGAGUUAUGUUUCUGCAUUGGUUUUGAUGCUUGGUGAGCCAGGGCAGGUAUCCUACAAGGAGCUGUCAUCACUCUUAACUAGUAUUUAGGCCACAAAAGCUCCAAUUAUAACUGCGUCUCAUCACUUUCUUCACGUCCAUCUUCCUGUCGCACCUUGUGUGACCUCAGAUGAGAAGCCCAUCGGUACUGUUUGAUCUUCGAUUUGAAAAUUUUCUUCGUUCCUGGUUAUGCGAUCUGCAGCAAUCGGCAGAGAAGCAGAUCAUGUACAAGCUUUCAGUAUAGAACAUCUUAUUGGUUGGAGGUUGUAAUGAAUAAUGAUAUGCAGAAAUGUUGGAAACUGAUGUGAAGGAGAAGUUUGCUCCGUUACUUGUUAUGUAUGAAUAAUGGAACGGGCUUUGUCAGCAAGUUCUGGAUCGGCUGCUAAGCUUACUGGUACUGAAGUACACAGGUGAAUAAUGCUGUGUAGGAGGUUGUUUAUAUCUGUUGAUCUGUUCUUUGUUUUCUUGACUGUUGGGUAGCUGACAUGCUAUUAGGGAAUUUAGAAACAUAUUUGUCUGAACUUCCUGGAGCUGUCAUGCAACGCUUUGUGCGCUUCUUAGUUCUCAUGCGCAGUUAAAUGCCGACUGGAAUCGGCCACAAAACGGGGAAUGUUGGGUGUAUAAUCCGUUAUGUUGUGGAGACAGUUAUCCCCCUGGAAAUUUAGUACAUCGAGAUUUGUCAAAACUUGAAAAAGUUGGUUGGUUUUUGAGUCGUACUUUGAACUUCUUGGAUCUGUUUUUGUAGUAGGUCUGGGCAAUGAAGGUGUCGGGAAGUCUUAGAACUAGUCUUUGUGUUUCCUGUGCUACUUUCCUUCCUCAUUAGAUCAGCAGCAAGGUUGAGAAGUUGGAUCCGGUUACCGGCCAAACUUGAUCCGGUUGCCGGCCAAACUUGCCGUAAGACCCGGUUGCCGGCAAGACUUGUCGUAAGACUCGGAACUGGCCUCUGCAUCUAAAUAUAACCUAAAAAUCUAUUAAUAAGUGUGAGGUUGCAGAUGAGUAAGGGGUAAAGUGAAUUUACAAUUUCGACCGCGCAUUCCACUUGUGGCAUGGAAUUACUUCUAUGAGUGGGGGCAUUUAUGGAAUUUUAUUGAGUUGAUUUCCAAUUUUGUGUUGGUAUUUACAUUGUUGAAUGCCAGAAAAUGACAACCUUGUUUGCGUAUGGAUGGGUUGGUUGUGUUGGACCAAAAUUAAACAUUUUGAGUGUGACGUGAUUAA